AUAUAUCAAAGCCAUGUUACACUUUCGUGUUGUAGUUCCGUGCCUGCACUAUAACACACUCUUUCACAACAACCUUGCUUUAAGAGUCAUUACUAUCAGAUGAGUUGAAAUUAGACAUGGGUUUCAAGUAUUUGCUGGUUGUUACGUGUUUCUGUGCUUGGUUUGGAUCCUUGGCUGUUACAACUUCUUCUUCUGAUGGGUUGUUAAGGGUUAGUCUAAAAAGGAGGAGUUUAGACAUUAACAGUCUUAAUUCCGCAAAGAUCAAGGAGGUUGGUCAUCAUUUAAAAGCAAAUGCAGUGUAUCUGAAGAAUUAUCUCGAUGCACAGUAUUUUGGGGAAAUUGGUAUAGGGUCACCUCCACAAAGCUUCAGAGUUGUGUUUGACACUGGAAGCUCCAAUCUCUGGGUCCCUUCUUCCAAAUGCGUUUUGUCUAUUGCUUGCUAUUUUCAUUCCAAGUAUAGGUCGAAGCUGUCUAACACCUAUACCAAAAUAGGAACACCUUGCAAGAUCCCUUAUGGCCGUGGACACAUUCCUGGCUUCUUCAGCCAAGAUAAUUUAAGAGUUGGGGAAAUCAUUGUCAAAGAUCAACAAUUUGCUGAGAUUACAAAGGAAGGACCUCUGGCGCUUUUAGCACUGCAUUUUGAUGGGAUACUUGGACUUGGGUUCCAGAAUAAGUCAGUGGGACAAGUCACACCAGUGUGGUACAAUAUGAUAGAACAAGGGCAUGUGAAUCAAAAGAUUUUCUCCCUUUGGCUAAACCCAGAUCCAAUGGCAAAGAUAGGGGGUGAGAUUGUCUUUGGUGGUAUUGACUGGAGGCACUUCAAGGGUGACCACACUUAUGUUCCACUUACUCAAAAGGAUUAUUGGCAGAUUGAGGUGGGAGAUAUUAUACUUCCAAACAAUCCAACAGGGCUAUGUGAGGGAGGCUGUGCUGCUAUUAUUGACUCAGGGACCUCUUUGAUUGCCGGUCCAACAAAAAUUGUGGCUCAAAUUAACCAUGCCAUUGGAGCAGAAGGAUAUGUGAGUUAUGAAUGUAAAAACAUCAUCCAUAACUACGGUGAUUCAAUAUGGGAAUAUAUAAUUUCUGGGUUAAAACCCGAAAUUAUAUGCGUUGACAUUGGAAUCUGCUCACAUAAUAGAUCAUCACAUACAAUGAAUGAUGCUUUUGAAACAAGGACACAUAAUGAAAGUUGGGGUGAGUCACGAACAAAGGAGAGUCCACUGUGUACUUUUUGUGAUAUGAUUGUCUUUUGGAUUCAAGUUCAGCUUAAGCAAAGGAAUACAAAGGAAAAAAUAUUAAAAUAUGUGGAUGAGCUGUGUGAGAAGCUUCCCAAUCCCGUGGGACAAACAUUUAUAGACUGCAACAAUAUUGCAACCAUGCCACAAAUUACAUUCACGAUUGGAAACAGAUCAUUUCCCCUCUCUCCAGAACAGUAUAUGCUAAGAAUUGAAGAAGGUUGCUCCACUGUCUGCUAUGGCGGUUUUGUUUCUCUGGAUGUGCCAUCUCCACAAGGUCCCCUCUGGGUUCUUGGAGAUCUUUUCCUGGGGGCAUAUCACACAGUGUUUGACUAUGGCAAUCUCCGUAUUGGAUUUGCCGAAGCUGCCUAGCCAUAACUUCGUGUCAUUACUAUGCCAAAUUGUUUGUAGGAAAAAAAAAAAAGACAAAUAAAAGUUUAUAGGAUUUUUCAGCAUUUAAAAACUACAGAUCCUUCGUAUUUGAGUGCUGUAGGAUCUAUUGUAAAUGUUGAUUAGUAAUAAUUUGGUAUACUUCCUGAAUAAAAUUUGUUACAUAAACAUUU